UAAUCUUCAAUUCAACCAUUUCUUAUAAUCUUCACUUCAUUAAGUUAAUUAAAUUUCAUAUCCAAAGAAAAUGGAUUCCAACAAGGCAAGCUACAAUGCUGGACAAACCAAGGGCCAAGCUGAGGAAAAGACUAGCAACAUGAUGGACAAAGCUAGCAAUACUGCUCAAUCAGCCAAGGAAUCAAUGCAAGAGACUGGUCAGCAGAUGCAGGCAAAGGCACACGGAGCAGUUGAUGCUGUGAAGGAGACAACGGACAACAAAUAAACUAAUUAUGUUUAAUGGAAUACUAAUCUGUCAAUUUUUAAUUAGUUUAUUUUUGAUAAACAACAUUUUAUAAUAAAUGUUAAAAUAAUGCUCUC